AUGGCGACUCGGGCAGAACUCAUGCAGCGUCUUUCCAUGCUUCCGACUCAGGAACUCCUCCAUAUUCUCAAGGAUGAGACAAUCUUCGACAUCGCUGCUCAGUACUUUGACGCUUCAAUGCAGUCAAACAUUUUGCCAUCAACGACUCCCGUGAUACAUAACACUCACAAGACCAAGAAUACUGUUUGCGACAAGGCGAAACGACCACUCAAUGCCUUCAUGGCAUUUCGCAGUCAUUAUUUAAAACUGUUCCCCGACGUACAACAAAAGAGUGCAUCUGGCUUCCUAACGACUCUCUGGAAUAAGGAUCCGUUUCGAAACAAAUGGGCACUCAUUGCCAAAGUUUAUUCUUUCGUUCGAGAUGAAAUUGGCAAGGACAAAAUUACUCUGGCAUCCUUCCUCAGUUUCUCCUGUCCUGUGAUGGGAAUCAUCGAGCCACAAUCUUACCUCACCAUACUCGGGUGGUCAGUCGGAGGAGAUUCAAAUUCCCAAAGAUUAAUCCAAGAUGAAACUUUAGCAGCUCUUGGACAGUCUCGAUUGCAGUCUGAUGGGGUCCCGAGUACUGAACUAGAGCUGCUUACAGCUUUGGUCAACGUUGGCUACCUACCUGAACAAGGCAUUGACCUCAUGGGAAAACUUGGGGCCAACAAUAGCAGCAUCAUGGCUACUGCCACUCAACCCAGAUUGUCUCUUCCGGUUUCUUACACUCCAGAAAAGCUUCAGUUUAUGGGUACCAUUCGGAGUGACCCGGUUCAGGCAACCAAGGAGCUGCUGGGGGACGUAUAUGAUGACUACACCAUUCAAAUGCUCGGAGUCAAGGCUCAUAACGUUGAAGAUCUUGACUCAAUCAAUCACCUACCCAUGCAAGUGGAAAUGCCAGAUCCAAGGUACUACUACAAUUAUUCCACGAGUCACGCUCAGCUGUCGCUUGCCGGUGCACCAACAAUGAGUUUUGAAAACAUCCCAGAGCACGAAAGUUUCGAUAUCGACAGUCCCUGGGACGUAGACACUAUUCUAGGUCAAACUCAAUCAGAGGGAGACAGAAGUGAGUUUACCGAGCUUCAACAUGGCAACUUCAACUAA